AUGAUGAAGACCUGGAUCCUCCUUGUUGGGGCAGGAAUUGCCCUGGGCUACCUGUACACGGCCCCCGACUCCUGCGAGGGACGCUGCGAGGAGCCCUACAGCGAGGAGGACGUGUGCCACUGCAAUGCCGACUGCGAGAGGUACCACAACUGCUGCGAGGAUUACUACGCGCGCUGCCGACCCGAGGGUUUCUCCAGCAGCCGGGACGCCAUCACCAACGAGGACCUCCUGCACGUCUCGGAGCAGCUUUACAAGGCGGAUCACAACAAAGCCCGGCCGACCGAUAUCACCCUUAACCCCCAGUACCAGGCCUCCCCUGACGAGACGGGUGACCAGGAGGACCGUUCCCCGCAGCCGCUCUACAAAUACGUCAAUGAGGAGCUCUUCUCCAAACCCACCUACGCAAGCUUCAUUAAACUGCUGGACAACUACCAGAGGGCGACUGGCAGGGAGGAGGACGUGACGGCGGAGGAGCUGAGGGAGCAGGACAAUUUCCUCAAGGAGGUGAUGAAAACCGAGCUCAUGAAGAAACUCUUCGCUUUCCUCCACAAAAAAAAUCGCUACGGCUCUGAGCAGGAGUUUGUCGCCGAUUUGAAGGAGAUGUGGUUCGGCCUCUACUCCAGAGGUGACGGCGAGCAGGACUCGAGCGGCUUCGAGCAUGUCUUCUCAGGGGAGGUGAAAAAAGGGAAAGUGUCUGGAUUUCACAACUGGAUUCGCUUCUACCUCCUUGAAAAGCAGGGCAUCGUCAACUACUUCAGCCACAACUUCAACGGGCCGUGGGACACCUACCCCGACGUGCUGGGGCUGCAGUUCAGCUGGGAUGGAUUUUACAAGGAGGUGGGCUCUGCCUUCAUCGGCUGCAGCCCCGAGUUCGAGUUUGGUCUGUACACGUUGUGCUUCAUCGCGCGUCCUGGGCGGGCAUGUCACCUGAGCCUGGGCGGCUACAGCCUCAGCAUCCAGACCUACGCCUGGACCAAGUCCACCUACGGCAACGGCCAGAAGUACAUCGCCACCGCCUACGUGAUGUCGCCCUGA